GCAGUGUGAGGUAAUCCCUCUAUCCUUGACCCCUUCCUUUGCACAGUGAGUGAUGGCUUUUUUAUCUCCCGGUGAUGAAGCACAGCCUUCAGCUGGGAGCAUUUAAGACGCAGAACACAGGGUUGCAGCCACAGCUGCAGGACCCAGAGGCAGACCUUGGGGGCUCAGGAAGGACAGAAGGAGCCACCUUUGAGAACAGAGGCAACAGCAGCAGCAGCAGCAGCAGCAACAGCACCGCUACCAGCCACCAGGAAGCAAUGCUCCAAGCAACGUUUAAGAUGUGUGCUGGGAGCUCCUACAGACAUGUGCGCAACAUGAAGGGGCUGAGGCACCAAGCUGUGCUGGCCAUUGGCCAGGAGCUGAACCGGAGGGCGCUGGGGGGCCCAACCCCAAGUGCAUGGAUUAACCAGGUCCGGCGGCGGAGCUCUUUGCUUGGUUCUCGGCUGGAAGACACUCUCUACAGCGACCAGGAGCUGGCCUACAUCCACCAGGGAGAGGAGGCCAUGCAGAAGGCCCUGGGCAUCCUCAGCAGCCAGGAGGGCUGGAAGAAGGAGAACCAGCAGGCCAAUGGGGACAAAGUGCUGAGUAAAGUGGUCCCAGACGUGGGCAAGGUAUUCCGACUGGAGGUGGUGGUGGACCAACCCAUGGAGAGACUUUAUGAAGAGCUUGUGGAACGCAUGGAGGCAAUGGGAGAGUGGAACCCGAAUGUCAAGGGGAUCAAGGUCCUGCAGAAGAUUGGGAAAGACACAGUGAUCACCCAUGAGCUGGCUGCAGAAUCAGGAGGAAACCUUGUGGGGCCCCGUGACUUUGUGAGUGUGCGCUGUGCCAAGCGCCGAGGCUCCACCUGUGUGCUGGCUGGCAUGGCCACACAGUUCGGGGAGAUGCCCGAGCAGAAAGGUGUCAUCAGAGCUGAGCAUGGCCCCACUUGCAUGGUGCUCCAUCCUGUGGCUGGGAGUCCCUCAAAGACCAAACUCACUUGGCUGCUCAGCAUUGACCUCAAGGGAUGGCUGCCAAAGACUAUCAUCAACCAAGUCCUAUCACAGACCCAGGUAGACUUUGCCAACCACCUGCGCAAGCGCCUGGAGUCCAGUCCUGCUCCUGAGGCCAGAUGUUGAAGACCAACCUCUGCUUCCAGCUGUUCUAGCUGCAUUGGCUUGUGUGCUCAUCAGGAAAAUCCCUCCCAGGAGCCUGCGAGUCUGAGAUCUUCAUCCGGGGACGGUGGGUUGGGUGGCAAUGUAUUUACGUUAUGAUACUAGGGCUCAUAUUGGUAACAUUUUAGUACCAAGAAAAUAGGGACGGGUCUCUUAUAUAAAGAGGACAAGUCUUCUAACUUCAUUCACUGAUUAGCUGUGAAGUGAAGGUUAAGGGUCUCAAAAUAUCUGUAAAACUUUUUCCUGGCCCUUACAUGUCUACCUAAAAACACCUUAAAAUGCUACUAGCUGAGAGAGGGUGCUAAACACGAGAACUGGGACCUCAUGCUUUAUGGGUUCAGGAGCGCCAUUCCCUGUAGGCAGUGUGGGUGGGCACAGCAGGGACUGGCAAGGGCUCCAGCAACUCUGCAUCUCCAAGCAAGCAGAGCCGCACCAAGUGCCGGCGAAGCCCACAGCAGGGCCUUCCAGAGACCUAGUUCAAGUUUUCUUGACCAAACAAUACAAAACUCAUUAUUAGGUUUCCCUCCUUCUUCCAUGAGCACCAGUCAGAAUAAAGAGUCAUAAUUAAUACAAAAACUUCAGUCUGUACCUGUUUUAAAAAUUCUCCCCCUAAGAAAUCUACUUGAGUCAACUGCAACUUCAUACUAAAGGAGUCCUAGACAAAAGUCUUAAAUUUACCCCCACCUAGCUUGUUAAGAACAAAUAAAAUCUACUGGGGACUUGUCAUUCAAUUAUUUAGAAUCUGUAGUCAGAAAUUUUCAUCAAAAUUUAAUUUCCAUGAUAAGCACAAGCCUAAAUCUUAUGAGAACUAUAACUGGUAGCUGAUUAAUGGGCAUUGGAAGGUGACGAUUAUGACUGAAGAUAUUUAUUUUAAUGAAAGGGAAGGAUACUACGACGGGGUAGUGAACACACAGCAUACAGAUUAUGUAGUCUAGAACUGUACACCUGACACCUAUAUAAUUUUAUUAACCAGUCACCCCAAUAAAUUCAAUAAAAAAGGGAGGAUAGUGCCAAAUAUCAGUGAGUGAACAGUAUUACUAAGAUAAAGUUAAAAACAAUUUUUUCCCUCAUUAGUGACUGUGCAGACCUAACAAGGCAACCGACUCUUGACUUCAGUCUAUUGGAUCAGCUCUCAGCUUGGCUCAGGGAUGCACAUUUCUCUGCUUCAGUAGGUCAAUAUUUUACUAUUUUGAGAGGUGGCUGGAAGAAGGGGUAGAAUGGUGAUAGCGAAUUCUUUCCAAGAUUCAGAGAAUUUAUGCUUUAAAAAUAUAAACUGGGGUGAAUUACUUUGCUAGAAUUUAUACCACUUGAAGCUUUCCCAUUCUAGUGCUAAUAACAUUGACGAUUUAUACUAUUUGGAAAUAUAGAGUUCUAUCUUAUUUAUUAAACAAAUUAGCAGUAGCAGAAAUUCUGGUAUUUAUUGAGGUAUUACAAUUGUAUAAUAUAAGUAUUUAUUAUUAUUUAUUCUGAUUGUUUCUUAGUCUAUUUUUAGCAUAGAUAAAAUUACUGCUUAUCUGUCCAAGACCUCCAGAGUCAGAGGGGAUAGUGUAGAAGUAUUUUCCUAGAACAGAAUUACUAUUUAUUCCCAGCGAAGAGAAAAUUAUUAUUUGUUUGAAGAUAUAUAGAGCAAGAUAUACUCUGGUUUCCAGAGAACAGGACAAUGGUAAAGAGAUUGGCUUUCAACACACAACAUGGUUUUGAGCUGGCUUAUAACUUGUCUUCAAACUAUGCAACCAUGUCUUUGAGAUGAGGGAAGGUUUUCUCCCACUUGUUUAACUUUACACUGGAAUAAAGUAAGUUGUGAUGAUCUGUUUGCAGAAACCAUUUUAUACAGGACUGUGCAGAGUGGGUAUUCUUUGAGCCCUUCAAAUGAACCUUAUCAAUACACACACAUUUUGAAUAUGAAGUAUAAACAGACAAAAUCAUUAUUCCUGUUAUCUCU